GGAGGAGAGUGUAGCAGCAGCUUGACCACAGCCUGUUGUCUGUCUAUCCAUAAACCCAGGCUGGCUGGCUUCCUGUUGCUCCUUUGUAACCUGCCUGGUCACCUAUCUGUAAGGCUGUCUGUUAUCCUUUCUGUCCAGUUGUCUGGCCUGUGUGGCUGUCUGUCUUGACCCUUCAGUCAGUUUGUCCCUCUCUCUCUGUCCACUGCCCUGUGUGUCCAGCUGCCUCCCUCUCUCUCCCUGGACCACUGAGUCAUGGCAUGGGGCCACAGGGCCACGAUCUGCCUGGUCCUGCUGGGUGUAGGUCUGGGUCUGGUUAUCGUUGUUCUGGCUGUGGUCCUUUCUCCUCGUCAAGCCUCUUGCAGUCCCAGUGCCUUCUCGCGUGCUGCGGUAGCGGCUGACUCCGAGAUCUGCUCAGAUAUUGGACGAGCCAUCCUCCAGCAGCGGGGCUCGCCCGUGGAUGCCGCCAUCGCUGCCCUGGUCUGUACUGGCGUUGUUAACCCUCAGAGCAUGGGCCUGGGAGGAGGGGUGGUCUUCACCAUCUACAAUGCAUCAACAGGCAAGGUGGAGAUCAUCAAUGCUCGGGAGACAGUGCCAGCCAGCUAUGACCAGGGCCUGCUGGACCAGUGUAAAAACGUCCUGCCACUGAGCACAGGGGCCCAGUGGAUCGGGGUUCCUGGGGAGCUCCGCGGCUAUGCUGAGGCCCACCGCCGCCAUGGCCGCCUGCCUUGGGCUCAGCUUUUCCGGCCCACCAUUGCCCUGCUCCGAGGGGGUUUCCGUGUGCCCUUUAUCCUCAGCCAGUUCCUCAACAACAGUAUCCUGCAGCCCUGCUUGAAUGCAUCAACCCUGAGACAGCUCUUCUUCAAUGGGACAGAAACCUUGAGACCUCAGGACCCAUUCCCAUGGCCCGCGCUGGCCAACACCCUGGAGACUGUAGCCACGGAGGGUGCGGAGGCCUUAUACACGGGGAGGCUGGGCCGCCUGCUGGUGGAAGACAUUGCCAAGCAAGGAAGCCUGCUGACAGUUCAGGACUUGGCUGCCUUCCAGCCUGAAGUGGCGGAACCCCUGGAGAUGCCCCUAGGAAACUAUACCCUGUACUCGCCGCCGCCGCCUGCAGGGGGCGCUAUUCUUAGUUUCAUUCUCAACGUGCUGAAAGGGUUCAACUUCUCUGCAGAGACGGUGGCUCGGCCUGGGGGGAAAGUGAACAUGUACCAUCACCUUGUAGAGACUCUCAAGUUCGCGGUAGGGCAGAGGUGGCGGCUAUGGGACCCUUCCAGUCACCCAGAGAUACAGAACAUCUCCCGGGACCUUCUCCGGGAGGAUCUAGCCCAGUACAUCCGCCAGCAGAUCGACGGCCGUGGUGACCACCAGCUCAGUCAUUAUAACCUGACCGGGGUCAGGGGCAACCGGAUGGGCACCUCUCAUGUGUCUGUGUUGGGAGAAGACGGCAGUGCUGUGGCAGCCACCAGCACCAUCAACACACCCUUUGGGGCGAUGGUGUACUCCCCACGGACGGGCAUCCUCCUUAACAACGAGCUACUAGACUUAUGCUGGAGUCACAUGCCAACAUCCCCGCUCACCCCUCCACCUGUUCCAGGUGAUCGGCCACCAUCUUCCAUGGUACCCUCCAUCUUGGUCAACAAAAGCCAGGGAUCGAAGCUGGUGAUCGGUGGGGCAGGUGGGGAGCUGAUCAUCUCUGCCGUGGCCCAGACUAUCAUGAACAAGCUGUGGCUUGGUUUUGACCUGACAGAAGCCAUCGCAGCUCCUAUCCUACACGUCAACAGCAAGGGCCAUGUGGAGUAUGAGCCCAAGUUCAACCAGGAGGUACAGAAGGGGCUACAGAACCGAGGCCAGAUUCAAAGCCAGAGCCAGCGGCCAGUUUUCCUGAAUGCAGUCCAGGCUGUGUUUCAGGAAGGGCCCUGCGUCUAUGCAGUGUCUGACCUGAGGAAGGCUGGAAAGGCUUCAGGAUACUAAGUGGGCUCUGCCCAGAGCUGGGAUCUGGCCAACUAUGAAUGCUGUGACCCACAUGGGUGAUGCUGUAUGCUUACGUACUCCGGGACCUGGAUCCCUUGCUGUGAGGUCGAGCUGGGACGGAAAAGAACAAGGAUCAGCUCAGCAGAUGAAUGACUGGAGAGGGAAGGAUUGACUUGUCCUUGAUCCCAUCCCAACACCUCUGUGGCCCCGCCUUGGUUCUUCUAGCCUUGCCUUGGCCUCAUGCUUACCCUCUUAAAUGGUGUACCUGCCAGUCCAAGAUUAAAGAGAAGCCACAGUGUGAACUGAUUUGGUGGUUCUAAGCAGGUGAAGAGACCCCCAGAGAGUUCCCAGUGAUAUGCAGCACACCAUAGAUCCCUAUGGUCCUUCAUGACUUGCCGUCAGGGCUCAGAGAUGGGCCAGGUUUCCUAAGGCUCAAUGGGCAGAGGUAAGCACACCGUUCACCUCUACUCUGCUCCAGCUUCACUAUCUUUGGGGGAUCUGCAGUGUGUCUGCUCCCACCCCACCCCGUCUCGCUUGCUGGUGGGAAGACAGGAGCAUGGCUUAUUGUACUUGUCCCUAACUCUUGUGAUGUUGUUUUGCACUCAGGAAGAGGUUGGGUAAAGCAAAGCUCAGGUCUUAACGCUCCAUGUUCUUGAGACAAGGGUCCAUGCUUGGCAGUGCUGACAUCUGGGAUGACAUUAUCCUUUGUCGCAUGGAGCUGUCCCAACAUCGCACACACUUGACACAAUAGCAUCCCCUCAUGUAUCCCCAGA